AUGCGCACUCGCAAUAGCCGGAGCCACCAGUACAUCCAGAAGAUGCGGCUGGAGACAUGCAUGCUCCUGGAGCGGCUGAACAAAAUCACCGGCAUGUCCGAGGAGGCCAAGGCCGGCGCUAUCAACGCAGAUCUGCGUGCGCGCGCCGCUGCAAUGAUGACUAGCUCUGGUGUGCCCGAAGGCACUGGUGCCACCCUGGAAGAUGACACCGAAGGCAGCUCAGAUGAGCAACCCCGGACUCCUGAAGAACGUCCCCUACGCGUCAAGCGCUCCCGCAAGUCUGCCGUCCCCGGUAUCGACGGCGAUGCUGAAGAUCUCCCUGCCGGCCCUGAUGGUCACCACCAUGAGCAUAUAGACCCGGCUGGUCUGCCCCAUCACCUCCCGGCUCCCACCCAGGAGUCGCUCACUCAUUCAUUCCGCGUGCAGACUGGCAAUGGUUCUGCCGAUCAAACCCCUGCCGCCCCUGAGGCUGGCCCCGAAGCUGGGGCUAUGCCCAUGGAUAUGGAUAAGGGAGAAGUAAAGGAAGAGGCAAAGGAACAGUUUUAG